GAAGUGAGCUGAAGUGAAAAUGCGAUAUUGUUUGUAAUGAUUGUUUUCAAAGUGGAGAAAGCUUAUUUUCGAAAGUAAAAUGAAUAUUUUACGGGCCAAACCUCUGCUUGAAUUACAUCAGAUUCCUUAUAACCUGUUAUUACAAAAUUCAUUGAAACCUUUCUUAUUGUAUAAUGCCCGAAGAAAUAAGACAAAUUAUGAAAUGCCACCCCCUUCAUUUGCAGACAUAGAACUUCCAGAACAAAGAAAAUUGCCUAUUAUACCAAAAAUUCCACAGUAUUAUAUAAACACUAAACCUCCUCUUCUUCGUAAAAGUCAUGAAGAUAUUAGAGGGCCAGAAACAGUUCAUAAUGAACUUCUGCACAAGCAGUAUGGAAUAAUAGCAUUGAGCGGUGGGUAUCUCAAGUAUGGUAGCAUUGAAGUAAUCAGAAAUACUGUUAACAGGGAAAUGGACACUAGAAAAACAUUUGCUGUGUGGCGUGUUGAUCCAUUGUGGAAACCACAGCCGAAAAAGGGAGUAGGUAAACGAAUGGGUGGAGGAAAAGGUAGUGUUCAUCAUUAUGCCACUCCAGUGAAAGCUGGAAGAAUUGUAAUUGAAGUUGGAGGAAAAGUAGAGUUUGAAGAAGUAUAUCCAUUUUUAAACAGAGUAGCCAUGAAAAUGCCUUUUGAUGCUAUGCCUAUUAGCCAGCAAAUGCUAGAAGAAUUAGAAAAAGAAGCUGAGGAAUUACAUCAAAAGAAUAUUAACCCGUUUAGUUUUCGUUAUGCUGUACAAAAUGAUCUGCGUGGUUGUAAUUUGUGGACUUCUGAAUGGGAUAAAAAAUAUUUUGAUGAGUAUAUAUAAAAAAGAAUAAAUAUUGUUUUAAAAUUGAA